AUGAGUAUUCCUGCGAUCUUCUUGUUGACGACAACGUUGGCUGGUUUGUCGCUGUUAUUUUCCAGUUUUAUCUAUCUAGCGGCUGCUUUUGUUGGUGAGAAAUGGAUACCAAUUAAGAUUACGGACCGCGAAUCUCGAUCUCCAAUCAAAAUUUCCGAGCCUCCAUCUCGGGUACCACCGAGGGGGCCAGCUGAGACUCUAAAUAAGACUUCGAAUGAUCAUUGCAUAAACGAUAAAAAUUCUACGAAUCCUACGGUUGAGGCGACCAGGAACAAUGAAAGUAUGAGUGUCCCUAAGCCAUCGCCUAGGCCUUUACCGUCAAUCCACAGCGAUAUUGAAGUACACAAAUACGGUAAUCCUAUCGGUGAAUCGCCUUCUCGGCCACCUCCGCGUAGGCCACCUCAAAGUCCAGACGAUGCAACUAUUCGUGUUGAGCAAUCCAUUGCUGAAAUGCCCGAGAAUAGGAUGUAA